CAGUCGCCUGGCGGAUCAGCGGCCUGGAGAACAUUGGCGACGACUUCUGCUUGUCUGAGGACAUCGGCAUCAUCGAGCCCUUCACUGAGCACUGCCUGCUGGUCAACUUCAAGGCCACAAAGGCCCUCAACCUCAAGAAGGCUAUCCGGCUGGAGGUUUCUGAUGCUGAAAAUAUUCUGGGGAUUGUUCAGAUUGAAAAUAUACAGAUUGUUGCUGAGGCCUAUGAUGUGGCCCUGGACAUCAGUUUCCCCAAAGGAACAAAUGGUGGUUUGGAAUUUGGGAUUGUCAGAGUUAUGGACGAAGCUAAGCAGAUGUUAUCAAUGAAGAACAAAGGCAAAUAUGAGAUUGCUUUCAGCUUGGUUAUUGAAUCCACAGAAUAUGGGAUGUCUAACCUGGGUCAGCUGUUCACCAUCCAGCCCCAGAAGGGGAAUCUGAGUCCCAAUGACCGUCCUACACAGGUCCAGAUUGUCUUUCAUUCGAAGAAGGAAGUAAAAAUUGAGGACAAGCCUAUUCUGCAGUGCCAUGUGAUUGAGCCUUCCCUCUGUGAGGGGGGGGAGACCAUCGCCACCAUCCCUAUCCGAUUGUCAGUGCUGUCCUUAUUCAGCAAGUACAAUAUUGUCCCUCCAUCCAUCAUUAACUUGGGACCGCUGAUGAACGGCACCCGGAAGACUAGCAGCUUCACCAUCGAGAACAAAGGGGUCCUGGACUUUAAGUUCACCAUCUGCAAGCAAGUCCGUGAUGUUGUGAUUACAGCAAGGAAAGGAAACUCUAAUAUCAAAAGUUCCCGUUCCCGUGACACAGAUCUCAGCCGGCAGAACGCUUUUAUGAGCACGGGCAGGCAAAGCAAACACGCAGACUCUUUGCAGAAAGACAUGAACCUGAUAGGGCAGGCUCGCUUCUCUUCCGGUAUGUUCACUGUGUCUCCGGGGUAUGGAAACAUUGCCGCAGGAGGCCAUCAGGUCAUCACAGUGGAUUGCUUUGCUGAGCCUGCUGGGAAGUGUGAAGAAUACCUGAUCAUUGAGAUCACAGACCGAGACCCUGAAGACAGUCCUGGAGGCAUGCUCUAUACCCUUGUUGCAGAGUCCUGCAUCCCAGGAUUUGUGACUGACAAUCCAGGGAUCAUUUACGAGGAGCAUCGGAUCUGUAACAGUGGCAAUCUCAACCAGGUGCUGAAGUCCAUAGGCUGCGAAGGGGUGUUUGUGACAGACGAGAACAAGUUUCUCUUUAACAAUGUCCUGGUUGGGCACCAGGCAACAGCCCGCUUCAAGAUCUCCAACCCUGGCCGGAUCCCUUGCGAUGUUGUCAUGACCACCAAGCCCAUUUCCGCCAAGUCCACUGCCCGAAUCAGUGACACCUUUGAGCUCCAUCCUGUGCGCAUGUCCAUCGCCAGUCAUUCGCAUGCCUUUGCAACCCUGACCUUCUCACCACAGGCUAUGCAAAACUACCAGUGCAUUUUUGAGGCUUCAGUAGAUGCAAUGCCCAGUGUGGUUGCCAGAUCAAGAGCUCUGUCCUUUGAAGUCAGUGGAGAUGGCAGCCUUCCUCAGAUCACCAUUGUGCGCCCUGUUCUUCGCAAUAAAAAGGGGAACCCGCUCCUCCUCUUCAGAAGGCUCCUCUUAGGGCACACAGAAGUGCUCCCCCUUGUCCUUAAGAACAGCGGCAGCCUUUUAGUCAAGUUGUACCUGGAUGUGUCCGAUGAGAGUGGGGCCUUCACCCUGAGGCCCAGGCCCACCACCCAGUGCAUUUACCUCUCUUCUCAGAAUGAGGAGAGCGAGUCCAGCGAUGGAGUCCGAAAACCACACACGGCCUCGUUGGUGCUGCACAACGGGGAGGCAGCUGAAUUGGACGUGAUUUUUCAGCCCAGCUUGGUCCAGCGGGUCGAAGGGCUGAUCCACCUCUCUAUUGUGGACAACCAGUAUGAAGAAACCAGCAUUCAGAUGGUUGGCGAAGGCUACCAGGAUAAUGUCACGCUAGACAAUAUUCAUAGCCCAGUGGCUGAGACCGAUGCAGAGGACAUUGAGGGGCAGCUAGAUGAGAACACAGGAGAGGCAGUGAGAAUGGACCACAUCCAGUUUGGAGAUUGCCACAUUGGGAAGCUGUAUCAGGCUGCGUUCACAAUAACAAAUCACAGCAAGUCGGAUGUGAUGAGAUUUGAAUGGCCCGCUGUGGGCCCUUGCCAGUUCUCCCCACAGGUUGGCCAUCUCCAUGCAAAGUGCACUAAAAACAUCAUUCUGGCUUUGAAGCCCAGCCUGCCCGUCACCCUCAGGGAGCAGCUCUUCAGGUGCAAGGUGUCCAGAAUUGCCUUCCAGUGCCCUGCUGACCAGGUCCCGGACUGGGAUGAUCGCUUGCAUACUGUCAAAUGGGUGGAUGUGUCAAAAGGCAUCACAAGUAUACGUCCAGCAAAAAAGAAGGUGAUAGAGACUGAUCCAGAACCUGCUCAUAUGACUGUGGAGGAGAAUAGCCAGGAACUGGUGCUUCGAGUGAGUGCCAACGUUGACUUUGCCCAGUAUAAAAUGGAUGUGGAUGCCUUGCACUUCAGAGACACGUUGCUCUUCCAAACAAGGGUGUUCAUGGUGGAGCUGUCCAACGUGGGGAAUGUGCAACUGGAGUAUUCCUGGAAAGUAGUCAUGGAAGAAGGUGGGAAGGCUGUCAACUUUGCUACUGAACCUUUGUCAACAAGCCCAGAAGGGGACCCAUCUAGAGCAUCAACUGCUUCCAUCAAGGCCCAGCCUAGCCGGCCCUUCAGCCAGCUGGGAAGCCUGCUGGAGAGUUUCUCUUCCUACGUCUUCCCAGUGGUCACCCGCCCUCCAUUCUUCAUGGAGCCCAGCAGUGGGAAGAUCCCUCCUGGGAAAUCUCAGUCCCUCCAAGUGAAAUUCUCUCCCCAGGAAAUAGGCGAGUUUGAGGGUCGGCUACUCUGCAGUAUGCCUAAUCUGAAGCUAGAUGAGGAGGGGCCCGUUGUUGCUGUGAAAGGGAAGAGCCUCCUGCCAUAUUGCCACUUCGAGCUGGAAGACUCUGAUUACAUCACUGCAAACAGGCGCAAUUCGGACUUGCGAGGACCAGGAGGGAUGAGUCUGGACCCUCAAACAAAAGUAAUUGAAUUCACCUCUGUGGGAAUCCAUGUCAAGAACAGCAGGAGCUUUGCCAUCCUGAACCCCACCAAUGCCGCCUACUCUUUCCAGUGGAGGUGUGAGCAGCAGGAGGAGAGGAAGACUCCCCCGGCCUUCAUCUGUUUCACUGAGCGGGGACUCCUCCGGCCAGAGAAGAAGAUAGAGAUCAUAUUCGAAUUCAUUCCCAAACAUCUGGAUGUUACUGAAUCCUUCUGGAACUUCACCAUUUGCGAACACAACAUCACGGUCCCUUUCCUCCUGGUGGGUCACACCACUGACCCGGCUGUCUCUUUUGAGAAAGUCCACCUGAACCUCCAGUCGCUUCUGAUUGGACAUGAAGCUCGCGAGUGCAUUGAUAUCCGUAAUGAUGAGAACAAAGCCUACACUUUUGCUUUCCGAGACGCUUCCUGUUUUUCAGAGGGGCGGAUCAACAGCCUGAGCGUGCAGCCCAUGGAAGGGGUGGUGCCGCCUCAUUCCAGAUUCCCUGUUCACAUCUACUUCACACCAACCCUGGAAGGAGAAGUGAAUUUUAACCUCAUCUGUGAUGUCAAGAAGAAAAGCCAGCCACUCUGUCUGAAUGUCAAAGCCAUUGGCCACACCAUGAACGUCUCUGUGAAGUGUGAAGAAAGCCACGGGGUGGUGACUGAGCUGAACCCAGAGCAUCCAAAGCAGAUCCACUUCUGUGAGAUGCAAGUCAACGAUUACGCAGAGUGCAACUUCUCCAUCCUCAACACUGGCAAAUUCAACUUCAUCUUUUCCUGGGAGUUCCGCAAUGCCAAGAAGUUCCAGCAGUAUUUUGCCCUCUCCCCAGAGAGUGGCACUGUGGAGGCUGGAGAGCGGGUGGAGGCCAAGCUCUCCUUCCAGCCGCGGAAGGCCUUCACCUUCAAAGACGUCGAACUCAAGCUGCAGAUAAGCCACGGCCCUACAUUUACAUGUGUUUUGCGAGGCUCAGUGUUGGCUCCCAGUAUCCAUUUCUCGUCCCUCAGAGUGGACUUUGGCAACUGCUUUUUAUACCAAGCUGGGAUGCCCAUUUCCAAGAGAAUCUUGGUGAUCACUAAUAAAGACAGCAGGAAAGCUAGUGUGGAGUGCUUGUUCACCAACACAGCCUACCUUGAGAUCGGUUUCCAUUCUGAAGCUCUAAGUCCCGGAGAAAAGGUGGAGAUUCCCAUCAGCUUCUAUCCCCGAGAAGCCAUUUCCUACCAUGAAAUCGUCACCUUUGAAAUAAAUGGGAUCUUACAGCGGACUGUAGAGCUCUUUGGGAAGGGCAUUGAGAUGAAGAUAGACGUUGUGGAGCCUCCCCAGAAAGUGCUGAAAUUUGGAGCUGUUCCUCCAGGGCACGUUGUGAAGAAGGGAGUCACACUAGUGAACAACAGUGUUAUCUUUGUCGCGUUCAGCCUAAGUUUUGUGGCUUCUAUCCCGGAGUUGCAGGAAGCAAAGGUGCUCACUAUGUCUCCCAGUGGUGAAAUUACCUUGAAGCCCCAGGGGGGCACCUGUCACGUGGAGGUGACAUUCAGUCCGAAGAGUCGUAUCCUGCCCUUCUCCGAGGAGGUUCUGCUCGAAUGCCAGGGGGUCCUGCACUCCCUAUUCAUUGUGCAAGGCUGCUGCCAGGGCAUUGAAGUCCACCUGGACCAGGAUCACAUCCCUUUUGGAGCUGUGGUGCUGCGGAGCCAGGCUUCUCGGCGCGUCGUGAUGCAGAACUCUGGAGAUCUCGGAGUGGGCUUCCGAUGGGAUACCAAACGCUUCAGACCAGACUUCUCCAUCAAACCCACAGAAGGUUACAUUUCUCCAGGAACAAGUGUCCCCUUUGAAGUGACCUUUCACCCUUGUGAGCAGAGUCAGGACAUCUGCUAUGAAAACCUCCCAUGUCACAUCCAAGGCGGAGAACCAGUGAGGCUCACACUGAGUGGAUCGUGUGUGAGCGUCUCACCUAUCAAAGAGGUGGUGAAUUUCAUAUGCCAGGUGCGUGGAAAGCAGACACAGACCAUCAUGCUAUCCAACAAGACUAACCAACCAUGGAUGUUGCGGCCCAUUAUUGAGGGAGAGCAGUGGAAAGGGCCAGAGUACGUCAGGGUGGAAGCCCACCAGCAGAACAAGCCCUAUGAAGUCACAUACAGGCCUCUGGCUAUGAAUGUAGAAAACAAAAAGGACCAGGGCUCCGUCUUCUUCCCCCUCCCAGAUGGAACAGGACUGCUUUACCUCCUGCAAGGCACUGCUGAGCCUCCCAAGUCAGCUGGGAAUAUCAUGAGGGAAAUUCCGUGCAAAACAUCCUACACGGAACUGCUUCCCAUCACCAACUGGUUGAACAAGCUGCAAAGGUUUCGGGUAACGGUUGACAUGAUAAAGCCAGAAAAACUGGAAGUCACAACCACCCUGAAAACUCUGGACUACAUUGAAGUGCCAGCCUCCACUAAGAAGGACCAUAAGCUCACCUUCUUCUCUUACAAAGAGGGCAUGUACACCACCAAGAUCACCUUCCGCAAUGAGACGACCCAGGAGUUCGUAUUCUAUCUGAUCACGUUUAAGGCCACCCCAUGUGGCCCACUAGGCACCCUCGAGUUGACCACAGCUGUCCGGCAAAGCACCUCCUCCUCGGUCAAGGUGGAAAACCCGCUGCACUACCAGGUGUCCUUCAAUACAGACUGCAAGGUGCCAGACAUCAACCUGCCUCCUCAGUUCACGGUCCCUGCUCAGUCUGAGGGAACGCUGGUCUUCGAGUUCCUGCCCAUGAGGCCCGGGGAAACCAGCGGGCGCCUGGCUCUCAACAGCAGCGACCUGGGCUCUUUCCAGUACGAUCUGAUCCUGAAGGCCAGGCCGGCCCGCCCAGAGAAGCCCCUCACUUUCUCUGCCAUGCUGGGCAGCAGCCAGAGCUUGGUGGCCAAGAUCGUCAACUACACCCGCCAGAAGACGGAGUAUUCCACCAAGAUCGACAGCCCGGACUUCCAAGCCGAGAAGGUCAUCAGCGCGCCGGCGGGCGCACAGACCGGCACCGAGGUGGGCGUGGAGGUGACCUUCGAGCCGUGCCAGCUGGGCGAGGCCCGCGGGACGCUCCUGCUCUCCUCGGCGGCGGGCGGCGACUACCUGAUCCCGCUGCGGGGCACGGCGCUGCCCCCCCGGCCGCAGGGCCCCGUGCAGAUCCGGCUGGGCGGCAGCGCGGCGCUGCCCUUCAAGAACGUCUUCCUGCAGCCCACCGCCUUCAGCUACGCCGUGGACAGCGCCGCCUUCUCGGUGCGCGCCGCCGAAACCAUCCGCCCCAAGAAGACGGCCACCAUCUCCGUGGCCUUCGAGGGCGCCGGCGGCGGCGGCGGGAACAAGACGCCGGUCACCGGCAAGCUGGUGGUCUCGUGCCCGCGCGCCGCCGGCUUGGCCUCGCCCGUCAGCUGGGUCUACUACCUGAGGGGGGUCCCGCCGUAGAAGGAGCGGCGCUUCCGCAAUAAAAGUCGUUCCCAGAAAGGAAAGCGAGUCCGCCGCCUCUUUGGGGGGUAG